GCCGCACAGCAAGGCAAACACGCUCUGUCACACGCACACACACACCCAUAUCAACAGGACUUCCUCAGGAGCAAUGCAGAUGAGCUGUUGCAGCAGGCUUAGUUGCUGAAGAAACAACAGUUCCUUAAUGUGUCAUUUGUUCAACGGACAAUACUGAUUGCUUCGAUUUGAAGACAUGGGAACCUACUCCGAUACAAGAGAACAGUACCUGACAAAUGGGCAUUCCGAGGGGGCCAAGGUAGCAAACUACUUCCAGGAUAUGGAGCUGAGGGAGGAGUGGCAAGACGAAGACUUUCCCAGACCUCUGCCUGAGGAUACUAACAGCCCAGAAGACGAGCAAGAGAGUCAGAAUGGAGAAAGACCAGCUCCGCCCACCAGCUUGGCGCUCUCGGGUAACGGCAUGAGGAAGAAGCGUCUGCUGGCGCCCGCCCUGAGCCUGACCCUGGAGAGCACCAAUUCGCCGGACCGCAGCGUGGUGUCGGGGGAGGAGGGCUACCUGGCCGCCGGCCUCUCCCUCUCGCACGACGACACUGAGAUGGACAUCAACCUAGAGGCCAUGGAUACGCCGUCGGACAGCGAGUCCUGCACUUUCCCUGACAGCAUGCACGAGCUGGAGUGGGAGGAUGACCUGCCACGUCUGGGCCGAGGGGAGAGCGGGGUGUCCAGCGCAGCAGUGGAGCAGGCGGAGAUGGGUCCUAUGGACCUCGACCAGGUCGACAGCAGGGGGCGCCGGUGGAGGCGUUUCUGCAUCGCUGGCCAGGAAUACCAUGUCAACAUGAGCGUUCUGGAGCCCUACCUGCAGGUGCUCUCCCACGGAGGUUACUAUGGUGAGGGGAUGAACGCCAUCAUCCUGUUCUCCUCCUGCUAUCUACCGGAAAACACGGUGGAGAACUAUGAGUAUGUCAUGGAUAACCUUUUCAGGUACAUCGUGGGGACGCUGGACCUGAUGGUGUCAGAGAACUAUGUCCUGGUGUACCUGUGUGGCAUGGCUCCCAGGAACAAAAUGCCGACUAUCAAGUGGCUGCGCCAGUGUUACACCUCCAUUGAGAGAAGGCUAAGAAAAGACCUUAAAGGUCUGUUUGUGGUCCACCCUGCCUGGUACGUCAAAGCCCUGAUAACCGUUGUCAAACCUUUCAUUAGUGAAAAGUUCAGCAGGAAGAUCAGGUUCAUUCACAGCUUGCAGGAGCUGUCUCAGUACAUCCCCAUGGAACGCCUCCAGAUUCCUGACUGCAUCAGAGAGUUUGAUCAAAAGACAAACAGGUGAGGCACGUUUUGGCAACCACCAAUGUACAUGUGGAGUUACUGAGGAGCAGACAUUUGGAAAGGAAAGGUGGAGGUUGGGUCUGCAAGCCGGACAACGAAGGGAAUGCUAAAUCACC